AUAGUGUUGCGGGAGAUCCGAGGCUGAGGAACACGGAGGCAGUUUAUAUUUUUGUGUGUUUCCCUUGAAUUUAACGUCGUUGGCAUGUGCUGAAGCGGUGUGUGUGUGCUGCAGUGAGGCGAGCAACGGGUCUGUUGAGAGGGAAGGGUGUGUGUUAGAGUGAAGGCCAGAACCACCACCACCAUGGACUCACUCACCAGACAGUUUGAUGAUUUAAUUCGCACCAUGAAACUCCUGUCUGAUCCCGCUGAGAAAAAGUUCCUGGAGUUCACAGAAGGAGUAGAGGGGCAGCAGCGAGAGUGGCAGGGUCUGGCUGGCGAGGUGCAGCGACUACAGGAACAGGUGAACCAGAGCCAGAAGACUAUCAAGAACCUGGAGAUGAAGCUGAAGAACGCACGGCACUUGCUCGACCUGGAGAAGGGACGGAGGAUUGCUGCCGAGAAUGAGAAGAGAGAUAUGGCUGGCCAGAUCCUGCUUGCGGUGGAGAUGCUGGCUCAGGGGCAGGUGGUGAAGACAAAGGAGCGACUAGAGCAGCUGCAGCAUUCCUUCUCCUCUGAGGCACCGGGCCAGGGACACGGUCUGAGCCGCCAGCACUCACCCAAUGGCCCCCUGUCCACUAUCACCGAGGAUCAUGACUCUAUUGGCACCAUCCUCAACGUGUCGCAAAUGAACAUCACAGAGGAGGAUGAGCUGGAGGACUCCCGGCUGCGUUCUGGCCGUUCCUACAAGCGCAAGUCCUCCCCCGACAGGCUAGACAGGUCCUCAGGGGCAGGGCGCAAGCGACUGUCUGGCAGGAAGAGUGGUGGUGAAGGCAAGGAGAACAAACACAGCCUUGAGGUGAAGACAGAGGUGACUUGCUACACAGAAGGAGAUGAACUGAAGGGUGUUAAAGUCGACAUUCAGCCCUCAGCACCCCCAUACUUGUCUAUCAUUGGUGGGGAGGGCGUGGAUCUUUCAUCAGAGAAGUCGUCACUGGAGAGCAGCAGAGAGGAUAUGAUGAGUCCUCUUAAGAAGCCCCCUCGCACCCCUGCCCCUCCACCCCCUACCCCAGCGGCAGGGAACAGGCAGGGUAUGCUCUCCCCUUCAGUAAACUACAACUACAUCAAUCUUGGUACUCCUGUUACGCCUCAGCACCAGGCAUACAGCACCCCGACAAGCACCCCACACACCCCUGCCCUGCGUAACUACAGCUCGGCCAGCAAAGUGAAUGGACGAACGCACGCUUUUGUUCUCAAGACGUCCUAUAAGAUUGAUCACUGCCAGCCGUGUGGGAAAAGGAUCAAGUUUGCCAAGGCGUGUUUGAAGUGUCGUGACUGCCGGGCCAUCUGUCACACCGAGUGCCGGGAGCAGGUGCCCCUCCCAUGUGUGCCCACUGCCAACACACCCAACAAGGGCCCUAUGGGCACCAUUGCUGAUUAUGCCCCCUCCGCACCUCCCAUGGUUCCUGCCCUGGUGGUUCACUGCACUAAUGAGGUGGAGAACAGGGGCCUUACUGAGGUGGGAAUAUAUCGUCUCUGUGGCUCGGAAAAGGAUAUUAAAGAGCUCAAGGAGCAGUUUCUUAGGGGCCGUGGGCUACCUAACCUCUCCCAGCUGGACAUCCACGUCGUCUCUGGGACUCUUAAGAUCUUCCUGCGUAGUUUGAAGGAGCCACUCAUCACCACUGUGCUCUGGAAGGACUUCACUCUUGCUGCCAGGGAAGCCAACCAGGACUGCACUGCCUCCCUCUACCAGGCCAUCUCUGAACUGCCACAGCCUAACAGGGAUACACUAGCCUGGAUUAUUGCGCAUUUGCAGAGGGUUGCAGAGUGUCCAGAAUGCAAGAUGCCGGUGACGAACCUGGCCAAGGUGUUCGGGCCGACACUGGUGGGUUACUCCAGCGCUGAGCCAGAGAUGCACACCAUGAUGCAGGAGACUCGACUGCAGCAACUGGUGAUGGAGAAGUUGCUGGAGAUAUCAUCUGACUACUGGAAUUCCUUCAUCCAAGUGGCAGACGAGAACACACAGCCAAUAGAGCCACGGACACCUGACUUUGGGGGCUCCAUGCUGGGUGGUGUGCCUCGCUCCACCUCCCGGCGCCGCUCCCAGCUCUUCCGCACCCCUCUGCAGUCUAGGUGAGGGGUGGGGGCAGAGGGAGGAAGGGAGAGGAGAGGCAGUUGAAAGAGACAGCAACAGUCACCACCCACGGAAAUAAAGGAGAGUAGAAGCCUAGUGCAGCAGUUUUGUCCUGGGAUAUUGACACUAGGAGACAAGAACUGAGUGUGUGAGGAUGUGUUUGUGGAGGCGAGGGAAGCAAUUUCAUCCCCACACCACCUCACACUGCCUUACCUAUGCCGUCUCCAUGUUGCCUUUGUCCAGUUGGUGUAUUCUGUAUAUUCAUUCUUGUAUUUACUCACAUUCCCAUAGUUGUUGUGUCUAUUGAGUCGAUCUGUCAAUGCGUUUAGUGUUGAAGGUGUUAAGUUAAGGUUUUAUAUAUGCCAUUUAUAUUUACACAGUUUCACUUAGUCCUGGCUAGCUAUAUUUUUUCAGUUUUCUAGCACUUAUAUAGCUGUGCAUAAUGUUUUGUAUAUUUUUCUAGUUUUCAUACAUUUAUACUUAUGACUAAUGUGUUCUAGGAGACAGUUACAUAGAUCCUUUGGUGAUUCAUCUAUUCUAUUACUCUGUUGUAUUCCUCAUCCUUAUCUCACCAAAGGAAUGGCAUCUCCCUGCUGGCUAUUGCAGUCUGUAUUAUCAUUUUUACACUGCUUACUUGGUUAUUGUCAUCUCUCGCCUGACUGCUAAACUGUCAGUCUAAUAUAGGAUAAGACUAUUCAACAGAUCUUCACUUAUUUUACUUGCUUCCUCCUCUGUUCCCUUGGCUGGUUAUCAAGAUGGGCUAUCUGCAGGGUGGUCUGUGCUUGCAGGGACUGGCUGUUUGUUUAAGUGCCUACUUCUAUUUAUCCCUGUUUACUCAUGAUCUUGGUAAGGUGAUAAGAUGCAAGGAUUAGGUAUCAGUAUGGAGAUUAUGUGCCUAAAGACCUGUAUUGCAUGUAUAGCCUUGAGUGUGUUUUGGAGGUAUGCAUACACACUUGGCAGGAUUACAACUGUACAAGGGUUAGUUUGUGUGGAAAUGCAUAUAAACACUAUUGGCUGAUAAAAUGCAAGGGUCUUAAUUUUGCUAGAAGUAGGGUGUUAUUGAUAGCUUUACUGUACAGCCUCUCAUAUCCUGGUACUCUCCACACUGCUCGGUUCUGGUUACUGGGAAGCCCUCGCUGUAUUGGCCAGGAAUAGUAGAAGUGCCGCUGAUGUGUUCCGUAACCCCUAGAAACAUGCAUAAUAUUAACUGGACCUGUUAUUACUUAGCCUUAUGUUAUCUCUCAUCCAUAAUUUGUGUUUUGUUAUUGAUGUUCUCAUUAUUUUAUACACUACAGUGAAGUAUAUUUGUUUAUUGAGUACCUCAUCAUUUGUUGUUGGAUUGGUAAUUGAAAUUCAUAUGGUUUUAAUUACAUAUGACUUUACAAACUCCAGUUCAUGUUUAGAAAAUGUCACAUGUGUAUGAUUUAUAUGCUAAUGUUACAGGCUUUUCUUGGUGCUGACUGUGACAUGUUCCUUUACUUCCUUGUCUCUUUUUUUUCUCUUUAUAACAUCCUUAAUGCCUGUCUUGAUUUACUAUGUCUUUUGUUUUUCUUUCUAUCUGACCAGCACCUAAUCACAAAAUAUUUCAAAUGGACAGACUUUCUUGAUCAUAUUUUGUCUUUUUUCUGAGCUUUUUCACAUCUGACUAGCUCCUCCUACCUUACAGUUUCCCUGUCCCAAAGAUAAGAAGACACAUCAAGCAGUCUUUAACUUUUUUCCAUGUUUCUUCAUCUCUUCUCUUCCUUGACUCAAACUAAGAUACCUCCAGCUAUCCUCUUUUUCCACUUCCAGCUUUCCACUUUUUUUAAACCUUCAGCUAUCCUUCACUUUUUCCUCCUCCAGCUGUCCUACACUUUUUCACCUCCAGCUCUCCAUUUUUUAUUUAAUUAUUUAUUCUUUUCUACCUCCAGCUUUAAGUUUUUCUUAACUUCUGUUGUACUUCUCUUUUUCUGUACCACUUGACGGUCUCCUUUCCUUUCUACACAUGACGGUAAAAUGAUACAAACUUCUGACAGAUCUUAACUUCUAUUCUUUCCUACCACAAUUUUGUAUAUCCUUCUUUACCUGUUCCCUCCUUGACCUACACACAAGAUUCUCCUAAAGUCCCUUAUUAAACUUUUCUAUCCUCUAUGUUAUUUUUUUCUUGACUAACAAAUAGGAUUAUUCCAAAAACACUACAACACUUAACAUUUUCCUUUCUUUCAGUCUUUUUAAACUUUUCAUUCUCUUCAUUCUCUAUUUUUUUUUUUCCUUGAACAUAAAGAUAAUUCCAACAGCACUUCACUUUUCUGUUCCACUCUACAUUCUCGUUUCUUUUCACCAACACAGCAAGUAAUCGCAAUAUCCAACGUACUUAUUCCUUAACAUAGAGCAGAGGGGCCUUCCUUGCAUUGGUCUCCCUCUGGACUCCAAAAUGAACAGGUCUGGGCAUGUACAUAUUGUAAGUUAAGGUUGUGUAUUAUAGUGCAAGCAAACCACAUGUAAACUGCCUCACUAAUACUGUAUUGUGUCAGAGGAUGUGUUCAACUCCUCAUCUGGAAUCCAUGUGCUAUGUGAUUUCUUUUUUUGUAAUUUUCUACGCCAAACCAUCUUUAGUGAAUUCAAUACAUGUAUCUGAUGACU